GCGGGCUCCGGGCUCCCCGCUCCGCCGGCUUGGUAGCCUGGAGUGGCCCGGGGCCCGGGCAUGUCGGCGGCGUUCUGCCUGGGCUCGGCGGGGCCCGUUUCAGCACCUUCGGAGCGGGACAGCGCCUGCCGCAUGGAACUGCCGGGAACGCCCCAGACGGCGGCGGCGGCGGAGGAAGAGGAGGAGGCGGCGGCGACGGCGGCGGUGGUGGCGGCCUCCGCCUCCGCCUCCUCGGCGGCCGGGGAGCUGGCGCUGGCGCUGGAGGAGGAACUGGCCUUGCUGGCGCCCGCCCUGGAGCCCGAGCCGCCCGGCCCGGCCGGGGAAGACGCGCCCGAGGAGCUCGAGCUGCUCUCGCUCAUGAGGCAGAAGGAGAAGGACCUAGUGCUGGCCGCGCGCCUCGGCAAGGCGCUGCUGGAGCGCAACCAGGACAUGAGCCGCCAGUACGAGCGCAUGCACAAGGAGCUCAGCGACAAGCUGGAGCACCUGGAGCAAGAGAAACAUGAACUCAGGCGACGAUUUGAGAACAAGGAAGGGGAAUGGGAAGGGAGGGUGUCCGAGCUGGAGAGCGAUGUGAAACAACUCCAGGGCGAACUGGAGAAGCACCAGAUUCACCUCCGAGAAGCCGACAGAGAGAAAACACGGGCCGUCCAAGAACUAUCUGAACAGAACCAAAGACUCUUGGAUCAGCUCAGCCGGGCGUCGGAGGUGGAAAGACAGCUCUCUAUGCAGGUUCAUGUCCUCCAAGAGGACUUCAGGGAGAAGAAGUCAUCGACCAACCAGCACAUAGUACGACUUGAGAGUCUCCAAGCAGAGCAAAUCCUCGAAAUUAAGAUGCUUACAGAUCGGAAGCAGGAGCUGGAGCGUCGCCUGAGUGCCAUGACGGAGGAAAAUCAUCUCCUCCAAGGGACGGUGGAGGAGCUUCAAGACCGAGUGUUGAUCUUGGAGCGGCAAAGCCACGAGAAAGACGUGCAGUUGCAUCAGAGCCAACUGGAACUUCAGGAGGUGAGGCUGUCUUACCGGCAGCUGCAGCUCAAGAUGGAAGAACUCAGUGAAGAAAGAAGCCUCCAGCAUUUCAACUCCACCAGCACGUCCUUGCUAUCCGAGAUUGAACAGAGCAUGGAGGCUGAGGAGCUGGAGCAAGAGAGAGAACAGCUGAGACUCCAGCUCUGGGAGGCCUAUUGCCAGGUCCGCUACCUGUGCACUCACCUGCGAGGGAACGACAGUGCUGAUUCUGCGGUCUCCACCGACUCUUCCAUGGACGAGUCUUCAGAAACCUCGUCGGCCAAAGACGUACCAGCUGGGAGCCUGCGGGCCGCCCUCAGCGAGCUGAAGAGGCUGAUCCAAAGCAUUAUAGACAGCACAGACUCUCCAAGCUCACGAAGAAGUGAUGACGAUGCCUUAGAAGAACAGAUCAAGCAGACUAGUGAAGACUCGAGAGCCCUGAGGGAGUUAAUGGAAGGGGAAAGGGGGAAACUGAGGCAGAGCCUGGAAGAGCUGCAGCAACUCCACAGCCAGGUGACACUGCUGAGUGUCGAAAUGACGUCGCUGAAGGAGGAACGAGAUCGACUCCGAGGAUCGGUUGACGAUAAGGAAAUGAGCGAACAAAUCUUGAAGGCUAUCAGGGAUCGAGACGAUGCAAUUGCCAAGAAGAAUGCUGUCGAAAUGGAACUAGCCAAAAGCAAGAUUGACAUGAUGUCACUGAACAGUCAGCUCUUAGAUGCAAUCCAGCAGAAGCUUAAUCUUUCGCAGCAGCUAGAGGCAUGGCAGGAUGACAUGCAGAGGGUCAUUGACCAGCAGCUGAUGGACAAACAUCCAAAGGAAUGGAGCCAGCCCACUUAUUCCUUCUCCAGCGGUCACGGAGCGAAGCGGCGCGCCAGACCCUCCCCCUUGCUGAGGCCAGAGCAGCAGGUGUCCGAGCCCAUCGGGGCAGAAGGGAAUCGCCUCUUCUCUUUUUUCAAGAAAAAUUAAUCGAGACAGAGCAGUUGCUCUCCAGUUACUCUAUUUGGGGUUG